GUUCGUAUAAAAAAACCAAAAUAGACACAGUCUAUUAAAGAAUCACAUGAUAUUGAACAGGGAACAUAAGUUUAUGGUUUUGACAGCUUUUAGAUAUUGAGAAUGUUGUAUGGUUUUAACAUAUUGUUUGGUUUCAUUUAAAAAGCACUGAAAGGAUUCUUCGCAGUCACCUGGUUUCAGCUGAAACGCCAAGAUUUACGAAUCAGUUACGGACCUCAUCGCGAUAUUACAUUUGCCAUUAGCGUGCGUAGCAACCGCCGUUGUUUGGCUUCUUUGCGCCGCCUACUUGCAAGAGAUGCAGAACGUGACCAAUUACGUUCCUCCUUGUAGCUCGUCGACCAACGAAAAUCGUAGUAGGCGUGUCCCCCUCUGUGCCGUGUUCCGUGUGGAAAGUUUACCGGCUCGGGUGCAAAGUUUCAGCCGUCUGCAAAGCGGAGCUCGUCGGCAAAACGAGCGAGGAAGGUGCUGGUAUUUAUACGGUUGCUGAAUCGUUUUUUAAUCGCGAAUUGAUUCGGUGUGUGUUUGUCCUCAGAUGUAGCCGAGUGAUGCUGCCGUCGCCGAAUAAGAGUGUUUUACGCGGAUGAUAUUAGCAGCGAUCGUAUUGUCACAGGGAGCCAAGCUAGCUUAACGCAACCCGGAGUUAAACGGGAAAGCCAACCAGCGGAUGUCGUGGGGAUUUCUUGGUCUUUCUCAAACCUGCUGAUUUCUUCAACGCUAACUUAAACUUGAAUCGACUGUGAGGAAGGAAAAAUGGCUUGCGAACCCAAUCGUGCCCGGCUGCUGUGCAUGCUAUCAUUGACUUUUGGGUUUUUCAUCGUGGAGGUGGUGGUCAGUCGGAUGACCUCGUCCCUGUCAAUGCUGUCGGACUCCUUCCAUAUGCUGUCGGAUGUCAUCGCACUCGUCGUGGCUCUAGUGGCGGUCCGGUUCGCCGAAAAAACCCAGGCGACCAACAAGAACACCUUCGGAUGGAUCCGAGCGGAGGUGAUGGGGGCUCUGGUCAACGCCGUCUUUCUCACGGCGCUGUGCUUCACCAUCGUCCUGGAGGCGGUCGAGCGUUUCACCGAGCCCCACGAGAUCGAGUCUCCAGUAGUGGUGGCCGGGGUCGGUGCCGCGGGGCUUCUGGUUAACCUGCUGGGGCUCUGCUUGUUCCACGGCCACGCGGGCGGAGGCCACGGACACUCCCACGGAGGGCACUCUCAUGGUAGUAAGAAUAAGCGGGGCAAAACGAGCAAGAACUCGAAGGCUGGAAACGGGUCUUCGGGAGAGGAGACCAACAACUUGGUAGGAAAUCACAACAGCCCAGGCGAUGGGAGACCAAGAAAUGAAAUCAGCUGUAAAGGCAGCACAGAGGUGCAGAUGAAUGGAAACACCCACUAUGAGGAGAUGGAUCCCGAGCACGACUCGUCGUCGCAGCUCAACAUGCGCGGGGUCUUCCUGCAUGUGCUGGGCGACGCCCUGGGCUCCGUCAUCGUAGUGAUCAAUGCUAUAAUAUUCACUUUUGUGUGGCAGCCCUGCAUAAAAGGUGAAAAGUGCAUGAAUCCGUGCAUCAACAGCCACUCCACUGACCAUUACCAUGACAACGACACCAUCGUCGAUCUGCAAGUGGGUCCAACUGUGCCGACCAUGAAGUUAGCCGGCCCCUGCUGGGUUCUUUACCUUGAUCCCACACUGUGCAUCAUCAUGGUGAGCAUCCUGCUGUACACUACCUACCCUCUGCUCAAAGAGUCGGCCCUCAUCCUGCUGCAGACCGUGCCCAAGCAGAUCAACAUGCACCGGCUCAACGAGCGUCUGCUGAGCCUGGACGGCGUCCUGGCCAUCCAUGAGCUGCACAUCUGGCAGCUGGCCGGAAGCCGCAUCAUCGCCACGGCGCACAUCAAAUGCCACGACCCCACAUCUUACAUGGAGGUGGCCAAACGCAUCAAGGACUUCUUCCACGACGAGGGCAUCCACGCCACCACCAUCCAGCCCGAGUUUGUCACGUUCAGCUCAGAGUCUCGAGACUCCCUGUGCGAGCUCUCCUGUCGGACUCAGUGCGCUCCCAAGCUCUGCUGCGGCGCUGCGGACAAACAGAACACCGGCUCCGACAAGAAGGCUGCAGUCGCUUCAAACCUGGAGGUGAUCAGUGAGACCUCAGAGGCGGCGGGGGCUGUAGUUCAGGUGUGCCCUGGGUCUGAGGCUGAGGUCAGGAUUGCCAGAGAGGUGGAGUCGUCUCUGUGAGAUGAAGGGUGUGGAGAAGAGCAGAGGAGAAGCAAGAAAACCUCCACUUUGGGCAAAAACAUCAACAUCAUUUGCAGAAAGCUGUAAUAUUUGUGGCUUAA